AUGGCGUCCAUAGCUCCUUGCGCUCUCCACUCAAAAUUCUCCAUCAACGCCACCCUUUCUUCUUCGUCUGGUUCCCGUGGUCCCGCCGCAGCUUUUCUGAAGCUCAAUUGUGCAUUCCUAGGCUCCGCCGUGAGAGUAGGGUGCAGAGCAAGGCCGAGGCUCGGGCCCAGCCGUGGCUUGAGAAUUCGUUGCUGGUUCAGGUUCGGCAAAAAUGGCGUCGAUGCUGAAGGCGCCGGAAUUUAUGGCAGCCAAGGCCGCGAUGAUUUUGACCGCGACGAUGUUGAACAGUACUUCAAUUACAUGGGGAUGCUGGCCGUGGAAGGUUCGUACGACAAAAUGGAGGCUCUUUUGAAUCAAAAUAUCCAUCCGGUCGAUAUCUUGCUUUUGAUGGCUGCCUCUGAAGGUGAUAAGCCCAAGAUUGAAGAGUUAAUCAGAGCCGGAGCUGAUUACACGGUCAAAGAUGUACAAGGCAGGACUGCCUUGGAUAGAGCUGCCAAUGAUGAAAUCAAGGAUUUUAUUCUAAGUUUUUCGGUUCAAAAAGCAUGA